AGUACCCGACCGAGGUACCUACUCAACCAGGUGGCAGGUACUAUGUAUUUAGGGAUGUACUACGUACCCCCUUGCUGAAACACUGCAUCGCCCCAAAGGCCUACGCAUGCCAAGACUGUCAAGACAUCGAGGCGCCCCACGAGCCGUGUCAUCAUCGUACACCUAACCUCAGUGCUUACAUACAACAUCGUGUUCAUCGUGUUCGCGACAUCCUCAGUUCAAGUACCCAGAUGAUCUGAUCCCAAAUCUCAGAGAGCGACGACAUGGCUAGGUGAACUCCAUUCAAGCAGUUUCCCAAGUGACACACACCCCAAUUCACGAGUCGGCAUCGAAACCGGAGCUCCCGGCCUACCUCUCUGUCUGGAAUCGACUUUGCUCGACAGCGUGGUUUGCCCUGCAUCUAUCGGCCUGGCCCGACUUGACGCACCCGAGAUUUGCGGCAUCCCGUCUUCUCUCGGUAGCUCUCUCACGAGAAAUAAGCCUCUACGAUGCCCGCCGACCCUCCUCCAACAGUAGCGCAGGCGCUGGCCCUCCCUCCCUCACCAUCUCCCGAACCCUCGCCAACGUCUCCGUCCCACAACGGCCCUCUUCCACCGUGGGCUCGUUCACACGGUUCCGAUGAUCUCUUCGGGGAGACCCGGACUCCGGGGAUGCGUCGUCUAUCAACGCCGUACUCGCGGGGCCGUGCGAGUACCGACCAGCACAGGCCGCUCGCGCAGCGGAUAAUGCAGAGCAGCAUCUCGAUAACGAACAAGCUAGUGAAGCUCUCCAACAGCAUGACGCCCAUGCAGCAAGUGAUUUCCGCAGUAGCCGGGCUCGUGGUGCUUGUCCUAGCCAUUUUGUUCCUCAUCUUCUCCCACCGCAUUUUCGUCGCUCUGCGUCCUCUCGCCGAGGGCUGGAGGAACCUCCCCGGUGGAUGGGCUCUCUUGUUCUUCCUGUCCGCCGUGACGGCCUUCCCGCCAAUAAUCGGGUACAGCACGACCGUCACCAUCGCGGGCUUCAUCUACGGCUUUCCGCGCGGCUGGUUCAUCAUUGCCGCCGCCACCGUCGUCGGGUCGACGGCCUCAUUCAUUGCUAGUCGCACCGUGCUCAGUGCCUAUGUACAUCGGCUUGUCGGUGAGGACCGGCGCUUUGUGGCGCUCGGCCAAGUCUUGCGACACGACGGCUUGCUCGUCUUGGCUGCCAUUCGCCUCUGUCCCUUACCGUUCUCCCUUAGCAACGGAUUUCUUGCCACGAUCCCUAGCAUCUCUCCUGGCACCUUUGCGCUCGCCACUGCUAUUUCCACUCCAAAACUCCUUAUCCACGUUUUCAUCGGUGACCGGCUUGCACAGAUCGCCGAGAACGACGAUAUGCCCCUCGGCACCCGCAUCAUCAAUUACUUGAGUAUCAUUUUUGGCCUCGUCCUCGGCAUUACUGUUGGCUGGUUCGUGUAUCGACGGACGAUGCGACGCGCGAAAGAGCUUGCUGUGGAAGAAGCAGCGGCAACGGAUGACAAUGGUGUUUUGCUUGCUGAUGAGCUUGCCUACAACGAUGUCGAAGAGGGCGUGUUCUUGAGGCGGUCAGGCGAGGGCGAUUCUGCUGCACUUAUGGAUGAAGAUGAUAUCUCGCUCUGGGAUAACACAGAAAGCCCCCACGGCGCUUAUAGAGAUGAAGACGACCCAGAUUUAGGUCUAGACACGGGCGGGUCGGGAUUAGAAAGAGAGGAUACAUCUAAAUCACCUUGACACGAACUAGGUCUACGUAACAAUAUACUUGGGUAACAACUGGCUAUACAUCUUGGCAACGGCGUUGGGACUGGGAAAGGGGCACAUGAAUGGCGCGAUGAUUGUUUAGCUUCAUGAAGGUUUUUUUUCUGGCAACGACAGGUCAUAGCAUCUAUAAAUUACGAGUCACAUCGACAGUUUGGUCCGUCAUAUUACAUUUGUGUAUUAUAGAGGCUCUUUUUACCAAUAAU